GAAAGUAUCAACAUCCUAUGUUAAUAAUGGAAUUGAAGAUGUUGAAAAUAAUAAUGCAAUAUGACAAUAGAGCAGUUUACUCAAGGAAUUGAGACGCAUGGAUUCACUUAUUUCACACGUUGGAAAGUAUCAACAUCCUACAUUAAUGGACUGGAGGAGGUCGAGAAUAUUGCAGAAGGCAGUAUGGCAGAUCACUCAAGUCACGCUGAUACAUGAAUUCACAUUUCUCACGCGUGGGAUAGUAUCAACAGCCUACGUUGCAAAUGGACUAGAAGAUGCUGAGAAUAAUACGUGUUAUAUGCAAUAUACAUAUGGCAGUACGGCAGUUCACUUAAGGAAUUCUGACGCAUGGAUUCACUUAUCUCACACGUGGGAAAGUAUCAACAUCCUAUGUUGCAAAUGGACUUGAAGAUGCUGAGAAUAAUACGUGUUAUAUGCAAUAUGGCAGUACGGCAGUUCACACAAGGCAUG